AGGUAGGGUAGGACUGGGCCGGUGGGAUACUGGGAAAAAAUCCGGUGGGCCCGGCCGCGGUAUGCAGGAAAAGUUACACAUACAUGAGGGGGAUGCUCUUCGGCUGGGGGGCCCCUGAGCCUGCAGAUCCGACACUGAGUAUAGGCAAGAGGUCAGGGUUUGUUACACUGAAUUUUUGGGCGUUGUGGUUAGGGUUGCCACCUGGCCGGUAAAAGUUAUGGUCGAUCCCAAUGAUAUUAAUUAUAUAGAACCCUAGUUGUAGUCCAUGUAGAUCACGUGACCCCACAGAUGGAAGACCCUCCUUUUUGCACAUGGAUGUAAAGAAGUUUGCCAGACUGAAUGUGAGGCUUGAGAAGGGGCCUGGUGUAAAGCUCAAUAUGUUGCCUAUUUGUGGCACAAUGACUAAUUAAUGAAACUUCACUAAUCCAGUGUGCUGCUGCUGCUGGACUGGAAUCUUUAUAUUGGAUGUUAUCUCUGGCAGUGGGAAAUCAGUGAACACCUGACACUGCAAUGAGGGAUAAAGCUUUGCUGUGUAGCACUAUCUGUGUGUAUAUGGAUAAUGGUCUCCCCCCUUUACAAUAGGUAAAUGAGCUGUUCCUGUCUGUGGUAUUUGUGUGCCCACUGCCUGCUUUCCGUCUGCCACAGAGAAAUAGUGUAGGAGUAGAGAGGGCAGCUCGAACUCAGCCUCCUAUAUGAAUGUCCUUAUUUAGUCAGCCUGUGAGGUGGAGCAGCGCCACUCUGCAUUCCCUCAGCUCAGGAGGAGAGGGGGGAAAAAAAGUCAAUGUUAACUAUCUCCGCUGCCUCAUGCAGUCUCCCUCGGCUAAACACAAGGAUCUGACUCGAAAAGGAGACUUUUCAACCCAAGUGGGACUUUAAAUCCGGAACAAACCAUUCACUGCCGUGGCGGGGGCCAGUGCCAGCAACAUGUUCAUGCACUUACCCAGCAGGGAUACCGUGUGGCAAUGACCCCUCAACAGAAGUCUAAUCUGCACCAGGGACCCAGCAAAGACCCAGGGACUCUCAACCAGGAGGCAGGGAAGAAGAUGAAGGGGUCAGUACAACGCAGGCGCUCCUCUUCCUCGGCCCUCUCUCGAGCCCUGAGCAAGACAAAGCUAAACUCCAGAGAGGUUCCACUGUUUCCUGGUCAUUCUGGCAAUGGACUUCUCCUUGGGGCUUUCUGCAGUCCAAACUCUAUGAUCAUCAUGAAAGAACGGGUGCAGUUAACCAGCGGAUGGCAGACCCAAGAAAGGCAUCUCUACCUCUUCAACGACACCCUCAUUAUUGCAAAAUCAAAGUCUUCAUCCGCCCUGAAGCUGAAGAAGCAAAUCCGUUUGACUGACAUGUGGACAUCUUCUUCCCUCUGUGAAGUCUCUGAAAAAAAAAUUAACUCUGACAACUCCUUUGUUAUUGGGUGGCCCACAACAAACUACAUUGUGACCUUCAGUUCCUCAGAGAUCAAGGAGAAGUGGCUCUCAACACUGGGCUGGCAUAUUAACGAAGCAAAGAAAGAUGAGUACCCGACCAAAGUUCCCAUCAGGGUGCUCUACCUGGAUGUGGAGGAAUUCAGCUCUAACUGCGUUGUUCAUGUGUCCAAUGUGGAUACGGCAGAUACAGUGAUUAAAAUGGCUUCUCAGCUACUUGGAAUUCCGGGCAGACCUGGUGACUACCAUAUGUGGGUAAUGUCAGGAAAAGAAGAUCCUCCUUACCCUCUGAUUGGCCACGAGUAUCCAUACAGUAUCACAAUGAGCAGUCUGCGAGACUCCCUGCAGCAGUCUAGAGGAAGCAACAAUAACAUUUUCUUAGACUUGGGCUCUGAUUCUGUCAUCAUGGACCAUCUCCCCAAAGAGAGACAGUGCCAGUUCAUUUUAAAACUGCAAACCCAAGUUCCCAUGCACCUGACGAGAGAUCCUGUCCAAAAACACUCCAGGAGAAAGAAAUCCCUUAUCGACUGGGCUCUGCGACGCAGCGGCAGUACCCCUUUAAGUAGCCCUUCAUCCCAGUCACCCUCCACGCCCCGAAAACUCUUUGGAUUGUCCCUGUCUUCUGUCUGUCACAAUGGCAACCUGCCCAAACCAAUUAUGGACAUGCUCCUCUUGCUGUAUGAGGAUGGUCCAAAUACCAAGGGAAUCUUCAGGCGCUCCGCCAAUGCCAAGACUUGUAAGGAGCUAAAGGAAAAGUUAAUCUCUGGGGACGUGGUGCAGAUAGAUGGAGAAUCUGUGUUUGUGGCAGCUGCUGUAAUCACGGAUUUUCUGCGCAAUAUACCUGACAGUAUUCUAUCUUCAGACAUGUACGGGCUGUGGAUGGAGGCUACGGAUAUUGAACAGCACAAAUCUAAGAUUGACACAAUAAAAAGGUUAUUGGAGCAGCUGCCCAAAGCCAAUUUUAUUCUGCUGCAGCAUUUGUUUGCUGUUCUGCAUCACAUUGAGAAGAACUCUGAAGAAAAUCAAAUGACCGCUUUUAAUCUUGCUCUUUGCAUUGCGCCCAACAUGUUGUGGCUCCCCAUAGCCAAUGACCCUGAGGAAGAGAGCAGGUCAGCCAAAAAGGUGGCUAUACUGGUUCAGUUCCUGAUUGAAAAUUAUGAAGUUAUCUUUGGACAUGAUGCAGCCUCUUUGUUUAGAAAACCUGAUGAGGAGCAGACAGCAAGCACUGAGGAUUUGACUGGUAUAACCCUGAUGCAUGGGCAGGAUUCAUCUGAUGAACUUGAGUUUGCUUCAUCUGACCUGGACAAGUCCAACUUGAACUUGCUUAAAAAUGUUGAUGGGAUAUUUGAUGAAUCAUUGCUGUUAGAGGAGAAGGAAGACUGGGACCUGUUCAGUGAAAUAACUGCCUGUUACCAAAGCAAAGCCCAGAUGAACAAUUUGGAAUGUUAUAGCAAGGGCCCAUUUGGGUGCCUAGAUUCUGCCUGCCGCCUCAGUCCUGCUCGAGACAGGUGUUCCUCUGAACCGAGCGUUUGUCUGAGUUCCAGGAUUUCUGUCCAAGAACAUGAGGCGGUUGCCCGACAGUCAAGCUGUGAUGCCACAAUUAUGCACAAUCACAUUGACUAUAUUAAUCAGCUAAAGCAACUGCAUUUGGAGAACCAGAAGUUUAAAGGUAAAGAACUAAGUACCAAUAUGAACAAAUCCUCACACCCCUACUGGAGAUCUCCACAAGCCAACAAAAGAACAGAGAAAAAAAGUCCACAAAAGUCAGACCCUUCCAGCAGGUCAAGCUUUUCAAGUCUUUCUUCUACCACCACUUCUCCAUCAGCCACCUCACUGAGUUCUCUCGACAGUGCUUUCUCCUACUGCUCAGAGUCUUCUGUCUUCAGCCCCAGUGAGGCCUCCUCACUACCAUUCAUGUUUGGGACAUCAGCCAGGCUACUCACCCUUUCUCCAGAAAUUUCAACUAAGAAGCUGAAGGAAUGGCAUUUGCCUCUAUCCACACUACUGGGAGGAGACUCCUUUGAACUAGAAUCAAAUGAUGAACAGGCGGUGCCUACAAUGAAAUACAGUGCACAAAAUCAGGGGGCAGAAACUAAAGUUACAAUUCAGAAACCGAAAGAGAACAUUUGGGAUAGUAUUUGUGAGAACAAGGAAGUUGAUGCCCUGCAGUGUCCUAGACAAGCCAAGAGUAGUUGCACUAUAUUGCCUGAUUCCAGUUGUGAACCUAGGUCUACAGAAACUAGUCUGGAGAAUGGUCACUGUGUGCGCAGAGAAACAUCUAUAAAACACAUUGAGAUCAAGAGGUCAGAGACUUCUUCUGAUGAAAACAUAAAGCGCACAAAAAUUACUUUAUUCAUGUCUCAGAAUGUAAAUCAAGUGGAAAAUGUGGCUGAGCAACAUUCAGAUACAGAAUCUGAGGGCACUUUUUCCCAAACCACGAAGGUCCACAUACCCCAGACAGUAUUUUAUGGUCAGAACACCCCACUGGUUCUCCAUUCGGUUUCUAGAAGGCAACAUUCUGGAGUGCAAAAACCUCACUGGCAAACCCAGCUUAAACAUGUACUGAGGCGGUCUCCCACAAAGGACAUGCAAACUGAAAAUCCAGUUGAAAACGGGACCAGUCCUACAGAUAAUCAGGACAAAGAAAGAGAAAGCACAGAGGAGAAUAAAACAGAAGAGACUGUUAAAGAUGCAGCACUUAAUAAGAGCCACAAGGCCAUAGCUUCUUUCAGCCAUAGCAUACGCAUUAUACUGCCUUCUUCUGUAAGGAACACUGUAAAAGAGUACUUCAGACACAGCGAGUCUAGAUCUUCCAGCACUUCUCAAGCAGAAGUCAGGGAGGAUGAACUCACCGGGAACACAAUGGAGAGAAAGAACCUGCAGGGGCCAGACAAUGACAAUGUAGCCAAGGGCCACAGCUGUGUUGCUGGAGAAACCUUUGUGUAAAGCAGGUUGUGGACAUGUUCCCAGAGAAAGUCGUGUAAAAAGUCUGAGAUAUGAAGAAUUAGAUGUAAAGAAAUUGCAGGAAAUAUGUGCAACAAGGGAUAUAUUUUUUAAAUAUUUUCUUUGGAAAAUUGAAUGUUCAUUUUUAUUAUGCUUUGCUUUUCCUGAAAGCUCCUAUUUAUGUUUCGCACACUCCCAAAAAAAAACCAAGCUCCACGCUGACAGAAGCCUCCAUAUGUUUGAUGUUCCUCAGGUUUAUAUACAACUACAUUCUGCUAAUUAUUCACCCCAGCCAAUUCAUCUGCCUAAUGUACAAAUGCUGCAUAAUCAAAUCCGAAAUUCCUGAAAAUCGUAGCCCCUUUUCCAAAAACUCAAAAUGAAAUUAUGCAAAAUACCAUUUUUAGAAAUGUCAAAAUCAAAUGUUUUAAAUUUUGCUCAGACUUACCACAGCAUUCCUUUCAAUGAAAAGAUACUAAAAAUGGAGUUUGUAGUUUGCUUGGGAUUAUAUUGCCAAUCUAGAAAUUUUCCUAGACCAAAACCAGGACAAGCAGCCAUGUCUCUAAGGGCAAAGCUACUCUAUUUGUCUGAUGGACUGAAGCAGAUUUGCACCUUACGUGUGAUGCCAAGGAAAGUGAAUGUAUUGUUGGCGUGUAUUGGGAUAAAAGUGGAUGAGGGUGUGUGUAUGUGUUUAAAUGGGAAAGAGAGAGCAGUGAAGAUGUUUAUAAAAGGUUUUGGAGUGAGAGUUAUUAUUUUACACCAGGGCAAAGUAAGUGGAUGUUGCAAUUUUCUAGUAGGUGCCCCUGGCAGUGGGUCCACAACAGUGAAAAUGCAUCUUUUAGCCUCCAUACAUGAUAACAGAGGCAUGCUUGGAGUGCCAUUUCCCAGUAGAAUAAGUAUUCCUGCAAAAGUUUGAGCACUGGUGGCUGCAGGGCUGGUUUUAAAGUUGGGCAGAGGAGACAGAGCUCUGGGUGCUUUUGCUAAACUGUAACUUCCAUCAACAGCCACAUGGAUGGCUGCGUGCUCUAAUGGCUGUAGGUGGACCACAACUUCCACAAUCCUCAGGCAUUGAGAGGUUGAGUGAGAAUAAUGGAAGCAGUAGCCGGGGCAGCUGAAAGCUGCACACCCACAUAUUCUAGCCUGUUGAAGCAAUGUGCUAAGCAAGUGCCGUGAAAGGCGGGGAACAUGCUAUUUAUGGGAAUUGUCUUUUCUUUUGGGCUUUCAGCGCCGAGCCUGCUAAACGUAUUAUUUGCAUUCCUGUAGCUUUAAGUUAUUUUAUCAAUAAACCCUUAUACCGUGCUCUGCACAUGUUACACGUUUUAUGUUCUUAAUCGCCAAGAACGGCAGGCAUUUUUAGCAAAGGUCUUUAGCAAAAUGUACCUUUCUUAAGUUAUUUGUGUAAAAGAGUCCAAUCUCAGCGUCAGACUUUUAAGCAUUUUGGCUGGUUUUAUCAAAUCUUGUGUUAUGAGUGUCUUUGUCUUACAGGGAAGGAAUGAGCAAAUAAUGAGAAUAAUAACACUUGGGAUGUAUGAGAUUUGUAUCUUGCCCAGUUUCUCCCAUUGUUAAUCACGUGGAGAUGCUGCAUAUGCAGGCUGAAUAAGGGUGCAAGUUUGAGCUACACUGGGUGCUGUGCUUUUCUGGAAGUGAUACAGACAUCUGCUGCACGAGCUGUAAGGAUUAUUGAUCCCUUUGGGCCCAUGCAAACACACAACCUGUCUGCGCUGUAUGGGACACAGGGAACGAAUAAUAUUGAGUUCUGGAAUACAGCCCAGAAAGCCCAGCCCAAGCUGCACGUGAAUAGUGACCUAUAAAGUGAGCUCACCCUGUGUCUGACCAGCAGCAAAUGCAGACUCCUUUUUGUCUCCCUAAUAAUAAAUAGAGAGAACUGGUGUGAAAACUGACAGGUCUGCUUUUCUUUUCAUGUUCUUCACUGUCGUUUCCACUAACCCCCAGGGGUGGAUAAUAAACACAACAGAAUACAGGCUUCUCUAGCAAUGAAGGAUUUAGGAGCCCAGCUAUUCCCUAAAAUAACCCUGUCCAAUCUGUUUGCUAUAGGUCCUGAUACUAUUAUGAACAGCAAAUUAAGAGCAGGAGGCCGAUGUUAAACAUUACAGUAAUUUGGGUUUAUUUGUAACCCUAUAUCCUGUUUUUCAAUGGAGAACCUAAUAAGAAACAUAUAUAUGUGAGAUAAGUGAUAUAUUGAGCCUAUGAAGAGCUACAGCUUUUUGAUAUACUUUUCCCUGAGCCCUUCUGACUUCCUAUCCCCUUGGGGGCCAUAGAACUAGCUUUAUUUAUGCUUCUAAUACCCAAGAAAAUUAUUUUGAGACUGUUUGAAACUGCUUUGUUCUGCUCAUGAGGCUUUAAAAACCUGACACUGGCAGUUCUCUCUGAAUUACCUUUCCAGUUGUUCGAUGUAGGUAAUGGCACUUGGCCAGAUUUACAAUGUUAAUUAAUUAGGCUUAAGGUAAUAAUCAGAUGAUUUCUCAGAAGUCAAUAGGGCCAAAAGUGAAAGUGGCCACUGACAUUAAAGAUUUUUUGGACAAUUUUCAUGCGAUUCGACAAUCCUGUCAAAUUAUCGUAAGGUUAGUGGAAACUGAGCAAUCGUGUAUUUAAUGAUUUUUGGUCAGAAAAUCGAUUGAUCAGGUUAGAAAAUUUUCAUUAUUAACACUGAAAUGUAUCCAUUGUCCAAUUAUUUGCAGGGCCAAGCAGGCAGAUACCCACAGUUUCCUAGCCUCAAAUAGAUGAUAUAUCUGGAAAUGUUGUUGAUGGACAAAUUGUGCAUUUAACCGAUUGUUUAAGGUCUUACGAUAACUAAAAUAUCUUUUAAAAAUCUUAACAUUUAUGUCCACCUUAUGAGCAAUGUCAUGCCCAGAUUCUCUAUUGUGUAUAACCGAUUUCCCAGUGGUGUUAAAUGCAAAAUCAACCUCCCUCCUGCAUCAAUAGAUGGGAAUGAAAUAAAUAUAAGGUGAUGCCCUGUAAUCGUUUAAUUCUGGUUGGGAUCAUCAAUACUGCGAUGCUAUGGAAGGCUUCUUUCAUGAAACACAUAGGACUUUGUUUUGUUUCACACAAUUCAAAAGUUUGUUGUUUUUUUUCACAGACCAAGGUGUAAUUUGCCUUUAAAAAUGUGGGACACGUGCUGUCCCCAUCUUCUGUCUCACCAUUUGGUUGUAAUUAUUCCAAUAAAGCCAAGAUGAAUUGAGAAA